UAAAUGCCUUAUUCACAAUCCUGAAAAACGAAAGUAGACACAGUGUAACUACCUCAGAUAAAAACAUAAAUAUUGUAAUCACCAAUCAACUCUCUAAAGGAAUGGAGAAAGAAACAAUUGGAGAUAUGGUGCAACAGAUUUUACGAGAUAGACUUAGCAUUAGAGAUAUAAUUGAGGUUACAAAAUUUCCAGAUAUUACAGAAAAUGCCAACAAAAUCCAGAGUGUCAAUCAAAAAAAAGCUGAAGCUAAACGUAUCGAUUAUCCAGAUGAAUUUAUAUUAGAAUCAGUCAAAGAAAGAUUAGAUGUGUAUAAUAUUAAAACUUUAUCUGAUUGUCAGGCUCUUGCUGAUGUUAUGGUAAUGCUUUGUAUUCGUUCUGCUGAACUUAAAACUUUAUGCAUUGCAGAUGCUGGAGUGACGGGAUAUGCGAAGAAUCGAGGUCAGCCAGAUAUUCACAGAAAAUUUAGAUCGAUGGAAAAGAAUCAAGAACAAGCCAAAGAACUACUCACUUGGAUUCAGUAUAAGCCAGGAGUUAAAUGGUUCAAUAAAUUCUUAAAAGAUUAUGAUUUAAUUCCUAAAUAUUUACGUAAAUUAGGAGCAGUUUAUGGUGCAGUAGCAUAUGAGGCUAAGAAUAUGGCCCACGCUUAUACAAUUGCUGGAGAAUAUCUACGUCAUUCAUCUGAUAAUCAUACUUCUCCUGUGCAAAAUUACGUUGUAGUCAAUUAUAGAAAAAGAGGAGAUUCAGAGCCAGACCCAGAUUCAAAUUCAGAUAAUGACUUAGAUGCGGUAUCGUUAAAAAUUGUAUUUUUUCUUUUAGCCUCAGAAAAAGGAAAAAUCUCAGUAAAAGCGUUAAUUGAUACAACAUCUAAAUAUAAUACUAUUAGCAAACACUUAUUCAAUAAGCUUGAAUCUGAUUACAGAUUAGAAGAUAUAGUUGGUGAUGAUCUGAUAGGCGAAGAAAUAAAAGGCUUAGAUUUACA